AUGGCGGGCAAUCCUUUCAGAAAGUCGCAGUUCCUGUCGCUCGACGUGUCGGCGGCGCGUGAAGCAGCGGGACUCGACACUAGUCAGCCAGCAGCAGCAACAUCGACAAGCACUCAGGGUAAGAGCUGCCUGCAACUGUUCCUGCCCCACGACAAGCACCCACUGAGAGCUCGAUANGCCAAGACAAAGGGGAAGGUGCAGAAGAAGGUUCGCAUUCAGAGUCCAGUCAUCUCGCCGGACUCUCCCGCCGCCUACCGAGAUCAACAUGACCCCUUCGACACAUACCUCAACCCCAAGGGUCAGCCUGCACUACCCACGACCCAAGAACAAGACGUAGACACGGCGCGCGAGCUGCGCAGGUCCUUUAUAGACUCGUUGGCAAGAGGGGCCACUGUCCCAAACAGAGAAGCCUCGCCGACAGCUCCACCGGUAGCUCCUGCCCAAGCUCAAGCUCCUGCCUUCGCGCCAGAAAGAAUGGAAGCCUCAUCCCAGUCAGGGCAACAAGCACCAUACAACCCCUUUGCCAAAACUCUGGCUACAAUCGAUCCUCAGAAUGCCGCUUCGGCCCCUGUCGGUCUCUCGAGAGACGCUGCCGCUGCUUCCGCUAAGCCGGCCAUGGAUGUCGAUGCCUUCACGCGCAUGCUGUUGACAGGCAACACUCCAUCUGCAUCACCCGGGCCUAUGACACCCUCGACACGUCUUCCGUCUGCUACUGCCAAUUCUCUUGGAGACUUACACCCCGAGUCUCCUUCUGCCUCGGACGACGAACAUCACGAUGAGCCCCCGGAACCAGACUACGAGCAACUGACAGGCCUGGUCAGAACACCAGAUACCCAGACGAAGAGGCCCAAGCCGCCUCCACCAUCACAUCACCACGGCAAGGCUCUGUCCACUCUCAACAAAGGCCCGCAAACCGUCUCGUUCGCCGACUUCAACGUCCCCGCUACCCCACCUGCUCUUCCCUCGCCAUCACUCGUCUCGCCGAAGCCUCAGCUUGUCCGGUCUCCUUCCGAUCUGAACAAACCUCUACCUCCGCCUCCUCCGCCGCAUCAGUCGCCCAGUCCAGAUGUGACUCCUUCUAUUCCGGUACAGAUCGACGGCCCUGCUCAAUCACCACAACUGGCGCCCGAGGACUUUAACAUCAACUCCAAGAAGCCUCCACCACCACCGCUGUCACGCAGGAGCAGUCAAAUGAGAAGCUCGAGCGGUCGACCACGCAGCAGCUCCAAUCUCUCACGAGCCUCGGUCCCAGACGACUAUUCAGAUGGCACGGCGACACCACCCGCGAAGCCACCACCACCACCCCCAGCAAGAAGAGUGCCUCAUUCUGUAGAAACGGACCUGCCCGUACCGUCAGGACGGCCACCGCCUCCACCACCAUCUCGCAACACAAAACAACGACCCUCGAGCGUCAGUCGCACACCGUCUACAAACUCAGUAAGUUCGCUGAACAAGGCCAACAUGCCGCCCCCUCCUCCACCAAGACGAGGAGAUAACAAACGAAGGAGUUUGGAUGGCACAUUGCUCAAUGCAUCUGCUCCUAGCUCACGCCGCAUGAGCGACACCAGCCGACGAUCCAGUGGAGCAAGUUUCUACUCGUCUGGCAGGACGCCUUCUGUUUCGUCCAUUCCAACAGUCGAUGAGGGUGACUCAGGCGAAGAUAGAAGUUUCAAUGCUACUCCACAACCGGAGGCGCAACAAGCUGGUGCGAAUGGUCUAGGGGGUGGUGAUAUCUUGGCCGAUAUGUCUGCCAUGCAAGCUGAGAUUGACGCCCUGAUGGCAAGAUCAAAGAGUGACUCUUGA